GUCUCUCUGUCUCUCUGUCUCACGCGAGAACUCUGGCUUCGUCUCUAUAUUAUUGACCCUUUUGAUCUCUCUCUGUCUCGCUUUCUUCCUCGCGUGGACCUUUUUCGAAAAAUAUCAAUCCCAGAAUUUCGCUUCAUUUUGGAUUAUAAACUCCCAGAUCUGCUACUCUCUAUCUCCGAUUUUGUGAUUUUUCAAACCCUAGAUUUCUCCGGAAGAGUUUAUUUUUUUCUCUGUAACUAAACCGAGAUUUUUUUUUCAAAAUUCCGACAUUACCCUAGGUUGUGUAUUACCGUAGAAAACCCUAGUUCCUUUUUGGUAUUCUUGGUGUACAGAUCCCUUCCUUAGUCAGAGUUUUUGGUUAUUAGUGUUUAGAGGUUUGUGAUGAACAAUCGAGGAAGGUACCCUCCUGGAAUUGGCGCUGGCCGUGGAGCCUUUAACCCUAACCCUAAUUACCAAUCACGGUCGGGUUAUCAACAACAUCCGCCGCCCCAAUACGUUCAACGCGGUAAUUACGCUCAGAAUCACCAACAACAGUUUCAACAAGCGCCGUCUCAGCCGCAUCAAUACCAACAGCAACAGCAGCAACAACAACAAUGGCUUCGAAGAGGUCAGAUCCCCGGCGGUAACAGUAACGGUGACGCUGUUGUAGAAGUUGAGAAAACUGUUCAAUCCGAAGUUAUCGACCCAAACUCGGAAGAUUGGAAAGCAAGGCUAAAACUACCUGCACCUGAUACUCGAUACAGAACAGAGGAUGUGACAGCCACCAAAGGGAACGAGUUUGAAGAUUACUUUUUGAAACGGGAGCUUCUCAUGGGAAUAUAUGAGAAGGGUUUUGAAAGACCUUCUCCUAUUCAGGAAGAGAGUAUUCCAAUUGCCUUAACUGGUAGAGAUAUCCUUGCCAGAGCAAAGAACGGGACUGGAAAGACCGCCGCCUUUUGUAUUCCUGUCUUGGAAAAAAUUGACCAAGAUAACAACGUUAUUCAAGCUGUUAUAAUUGUUCCGACUCGAGAGUUAGCCCUUCAGACAUCACAGGUCUGUAAAGAGCUGGGUAAGCAUUUGAAGAUUCAAGUCAUGGUGACCACUGGUGGCACCAGUCUGAAAGACGAUAUCAUGCGUUUGUAUCAGCCUGUUCAUUUACUGGUAGGAACUCCUGGGAGAAUUCUGGAUCUUACCAAGAAAGGUGUUUGUGUUUUAAAAGAUUGUUCGGUGCUUGUUAUGGAUGAGGCUGACAAGCUUUUGUCUCAAGAGUUCCAACCUUCAGUGGAACAUUUGAUUAGCUUUCUUCCAGAAAGUCGUCAGAUUUUGAUGUUCUCAGCCACCUUCCCUGUCACUGUCAAGGAUUUUAAGGAUAGGUUUCUGACGAAUCCUUACGUCAUCAAUCUCAUGGAUGAACUUACGCUCAAGGGUAUUACCCAAUUCUAUGCUUUCGUUGAAGAAAGACAGAAAAUUCAUUGCUUGAAUACACUAUUCUCCAAGCUGCAAAUUAACCAAUCAAUCAUAUUCUGCAAUUCUGUAAAUCGUGUGGAGCUCUUAGCCAAGAAAAUCACAGAACUUGGGUAUUCAUGCUUUUACAUCCAUGCAAAGAUGCUUCAAGACCACCGAAACAGAGUGUUCCAUGACUUCCGGAAUGGUGCAUGCCGUAAUCUCGUGUGUACUGACUUGUUCACACGUGGUAUUGACAUUCAAGCCGUCAAUGUGGUGAUAAACUUUGAUUUCCCAAAGAAUGCUGAAACUUAUCUCCAUAGGGUUGGACGAUCAGGAAGGUUUGGCCAUCUUGGUCUAGCUGUGAAUCUUAUCACCUAUGAAGAUCGAUUUAACCUUUACCGGAUUGAGCAAGAGCUUGGAACGGAGAUCAAGCAAAUUCCUCCACAUAUCGAUCAGGCAAUUUAUUGCCAAUAACCAAGGGUAAACCACCUUGGUCUGCUGUUAGGUGAAUCAGUAAUAAGUGGUUGGUUGAAGCCAUGGUUAGACAGUUGUCUUAUCUAGCCAUGCAGGACAAGGACAACCCAAAAAGGCUUCACAUUCUGCCUCUUACCUCCAUAAUGUUUUUUUCUGCGUCUUUGGGAUUCCUUUAUUUUUAAAGAUUAACUAUAGUCAAGGCUAAAAGGUUUGAAAUACCGGGUAGUAUUACAAAAGUGAAGUCUUUUAUUUAGUUUUAACAAGUCGUUUGAGCUAUUGUUUCUUUCUAUGCCGUAGACUGAUCAGUGGUUACAGUGUUGUGAUGCGUCUUCAAGGAGCUGUGGUUUCAUGACUCUUUCAUGAUCCUUUUCCAGCUUUCCAACUUCAAUAAUAAGUCUUUGAGACCUUAAGAUGAGAUUUUCCUUUUUUUCCAUUUACACAGGUUGCUGAUUUUAUUUUAGCAUGUUUUGUGUUGUCAAUAGGUAGAUUAGUUCAGGAUUUGGUCUGUGGACAAUGGACAAUGAAUUUUGCACUCUCUUGUUUUAUGAGCAACACAAGCAAAACACACAACAUACAAAAGAUACAAGUAUGAACAUAGGAUACCGGAGAUAGGUGAUAAUCUGUAUCACAGGUUAGUGCUGAUCUCAGAAGCAGCUCAAAGAUGACUUCUUGGGUAUCUUUCCUGCGGCUUGAAACCUAGCAGCAGCUUCUUCCGCAUCAAGGAUCUCUUGAGCCCGUCUGGUUUGAACAUCUGCCUUCUUCUUUUGUGCCUUUGCAUGAACUGCCGCUUUUUCGUUCCUUAGUUUCUCAGAUUUCUCCAUCUUCUUACUGUCCAUCUUCCGCUGUAGAAAACAACAAUUUUUUCGUCUGUAUGUUAGUUCUUUGACGACAUGAAAUGUCAUGUUUCAUAGUCUUGUACCAUUUGGUUAACUUGCUGUUUAGAUAGAU